CUAAGAAACAAAGAUCAUGAACUUUUUCACGGUUCUAGUUCUCUGUGUUUUUGCCGUUGUUACUGAAAGUUAUGGAUUUAGACGGACCUAUAUGCCUAUGGCUAAGUUAGACCUCGAUGUCUUCUCCGGUAGGCCCAAUCCAUCUGUUGAAGUACCAAUGCCUUUCAUGAUGAGUAUGAUGAAAAAAUUUCCUCUUCGUCCUACUAGAAACAAUCCACGAGCUCUUGGAUAUCGUGGUUUUAUUGUAAAUAUGGGGACAAUGUCUAUGCCAAUUCCUGGGGGUUCGAGCAGAGAACUAGAAGGGAUGAUGAUGAAUUUUUUCAACAUUCCUAUGGAAGUCAGAAACCAUUGUAACCAGCAGAUAUUCGGCAAAGACAGAAACAAUCCUAUGUACACGGAAACAAUGAGUUCAAGAACGUGUCAAAAUCCCCAGUCAUCAACUACAUUUCAACCGUCUAGAUGGAACUCAAAUUCAAUGAUACAGUCACAAAACAACUGUUAUAACUAUGCCACUGACAUCAUCACAAACACCUUUGCACAACCAGGCAGAGCUAGUGGAUAUAGCUAUCCAAGUACUACCGGCGAAAAUUUGCAGUAUGGUUCUGAAUUAGAUGGGCUGGCUCGUGUCGAUCCUCCUUCUGAACAAUGCUUACCGGUUCCAAACAGAAACUUGAUUGCUCUAGUUAUAUGGCCUGGAAUGGACUAUCACUUUUACCGUUUGGAUAGCGAUGGAACAUUCUCCCACAAACCUGGUCAAACAAUUGCCCGAAAUUAUGACAAUAGUGAUGCAACUAUCACUGACCCAAGGUCGGCCGAUCGGGGACCUUACACUGUCUUUCACUGCUUUAUGGAGACCAGUUCGAACAGUGUCGGCAUCAUGUAAAUUGAAGCACUGUAUUUAAAAAAAAGAUGCUAUAAAGUUUGAACUUAUUUUAGUCUCUAUUGCAAGAAUGAAAUACGAUAAAUCAUUGUUUAAUUCGAGAA